AUUUCUUAAAUCUAAUAAUUUAUCAUUUCAAAUUAUUUAAAUAGUAAAUAGUAUUUUUUAUUAUUUUAAAUCAAAUAAAUAUUUUAUUUUAUUUUUUAUAUUUUUAAUUUAAUUUAUAUAUAUAUAAUUAUACAUUUUAUUUUUUUUCAGUAUUUUUAUUAUCAUCAUCCAUCUCCUUAAUAUCCAAUUAUAUAUCAGAAUAUUAUUAUUAUAUUUUUUAAUUUCUAUUUUAGUUUAUUUAAUAUUUUUUAUUAUAAAAAAAAAGAAAAUGAUGUCUUCGAUUAGAAACCAUUAUGAUUUAGAAAGCUCCAUUUUAAGUUCAAGAUACGAAACUGAUCCAAAUUUGAUUGAUAUCAAAUUCACCCCAGAAGAAUAUUACUUGUAUUGCGGUUUCUCAAAAGAUAUUCUUAAUGAAUUUUACAGUAUUCAAAAAAGAUUAUUAAAAGAUUAUAUCAAACCAACUUUAUUAACCUCGUUUGUAAACUACUUAUGGGGAUAUAUGAGUAAAGAAGAUGUUUCUCAAAGCUUUAAUAUUCCAAAAAAAGAAUUUUCAAAUAUGUUUAAAAACAUUAUUAAAUCUUGGAAUAUAUAUAAAAAUAGUGAAAAUUGCGAUUAUUUAAAUAUAAUAAACUCUAAUACCAUUAAUGUAAAUAAAACCAACGAUUCAGAUCUUACUCAUCUAGUAUUAUAUAUUACCUGUGAUGUAGAUUCAAAAAAAAACCAAGGUGUUGUCUAUUCAGAAAAAUUUAAAAAACAUUGCACAAAAAUUCACAUAUAUUUAUCAAAAGGUAAAAUUAUAUAUAUAAACAACAAUGAUAUUGAAUGCGGUAAAAAUAUCAACUUAAAUCAAUUUAAAUCAACUCAAGUUUACGAAAUACUUUUUGACGACUCUUUUGAAUAUAAUCUCAGAAAAAUAAAAAUGGACUCCCGAUUAAACCACCCAUUAUUAGAUGUCUUAUCCCAUGUCUCUCGUUUUGGUGUUUUCAAUAACAACCGUAAUCAUGCUGACUGUUUAUCAAUUUUUGAAAUUUUAUUUUAUUUAUCAAAGAAAUUUAUAGAAAGUGGUUCUUCGUUUUAAAAAAAAUAAAAAAAAAAAAAAAAACU